AUGGCAUAUGUAGUAUUCGAAAAACAGAAUGAGACCAUCCAUUUCUACCCUAUCCCUAAACAUCCUUUAACGGAGAUCUUACAAAACGAAGAUUACCGCUCAUUUAAAGUUGAUGCCACAGAAUCCUGGGUGGGCCAAUUGACGGUCAAUGUAUCUCGCAAUAACAUGAUUGGGAUGGGCGGGUUCAAGACGGCCCACCAAGGAUGGCUCACACUUACUCCCCCUCCGGUUUCUGGGUUCAGUUCGGUUGCCCGCCAAGAAAUCGUAGUCAAACGCCCGUUUGAACAAGUAUACCCGCAUGGUGUAUCAACUGGACCUUUCAAGAUCGGUAGAUUUUCUGUGGCCAACGAACUGCCUAAGCUCUUUAAAGAAGCAAAUGUACUGUACUGGGUGAGUUCUCUUUUGCAACUCACCUAUGAUUUCAUCAAUCGCCGCCUUGCUUCCUCUUGUCCUCCACCAUUUGCCAUUCCUCGAGUACGCUUUGUCGAGGCUGGCCUGGCAUUGGCAUUUGUCCAAGGCCCAGCAGUGGCUUCCAAGCCAGCCUCGAAGACAUGCCCUAUUCGCGCAUGUUAUCUCCUGGAAGAACUCAUUGUUGGCGGCGACAAUGUGUUUCUCAAGUUUAUCCAUAACAUGGAUGCUAACCCUUUGCUCGAUGAACUUGAUUACGGCUAUGAUUUAGCAGUAUUCUUCUCAUUCACUCAACACGUUCAAUAUGUGAAGACCAGUGGUUUAGCAUUUAUCUCUGACUACCAAGGUGUCACUGAACUACUGACCGACCCUCAAAUAUUGACGGACCCCGGAGGGCAGGAUAUUUUUGGUGACGGCAACAUAGAGCUUGCGGUGACAAUGUUCGAGGCGCAGCAUAUAUGCAAUGACUACUGCGAAUGGGCUGGUUUGGAGAAGUAUGAGACAGUCGAAGCUCAGGACUCUUAA